AUGAAUUUAGGGUAUUCAUUAUAUUUGCUAUUUAUCUUAGUAGUAGGUGUUUUGGGUGAGAAACAUGACUUUGAAUGGUAUAAUAAGUCUAUACCUUUCCAUGCUUGUGCUUACGAGAUAAAGAACGCAGAAAAUUUCAAGUUCUGUCCAACCAUGGAUGGAGUCUGUAUAUGUUCGAAUGAAAAUGCCUUAGCCACAUUAGCUGGUUGUUUAGCUUAUAAGGAUGAGAAUACAACUUAUUUUGCUCACUAUGGUAUAAGCUACUGUCAUGUAAGAUUUAAAAUAAACUUGGAAUCGGAUUGGUUUGAUACUGCUUUUAAACGCUUUACUAAUAAAGCAGUGAACCAGUCAGAAAUAGAAUCCAGGUACAAGUUGAUCCAAACACCAGUUAUAUUUCUGUCUAAAGAUAUGGACUUUUAUGAUGAGUCAGCAGCGGUUUUCUUUGACAAUUAUAAUAUCUCAACUUUCUUUGGUUUAUCGGUAUUUGGAUUCUGGUUAGUGUUUUUAUUAAUUAAUACGAUUAGCUAUUGGACUAAGGUAUUAUUCCCUCGAGCAACCAGGAGGUCGGUUGGACUUCUUGCUACUUUUUAUAGGAAACAUAUAUCGAUGCCUGCUCUAUACGGGAAAAGAAGAACCCAAGAAGUUUCGUGUUUUAAAGUCUUUGACAGUUUGGUUCCCAGCAGAUUUGAAAUGAUGGUUAUUUCUUUGUUUUAUAUUUUCAUUUUAAUUAUCCACGCAGUCCGUGUACAUGGACUUAAGGACGAUCCUAUAUUUGGUUCUAAGUAUAUGGCCGAGUUGAGGUAUGUUGGAGAUAGAACUGGUAUUGUUGCUACCUUUAUGAUGCCAUUAUUGUUCUUAUUUGCUGGUCGUAACAAUUUCUUGCAAUGGGUUACCGGAAUUAACUACCUGUCAUUUUUAUGCUAUCACCGUCACAUUGCCAGAAUCAUGUUCAUGUUGGUUGUUAUUCAUUCAGUCAACUAUACUAUUCUUCUUGUUAGAACUGAUCAAUUUAUAGUCACACUAAAAAAGCAAUGUCUUCGUUGGGGGAUUACUGCAACUAUAGUUGGUGGUACAUUAAUAAUUCAAAGUAUCCUUUAUCUUAGAAGAAAUUGGUAUGAAUUAUUUCUCCUUAUCCAUAUUGUAAUGGCAAUAUUUUAUGUUGUGGGUACUUGGGUUCAUCUCAAUCAAUUUGGUUAUGAAAUUUAUUUAUAUUCAACUAUUGGUGUUUGGGGCCUUGACAGAAUCAUUAGAUUAUUUCGUUUGCUUUCGUUUGGAUUUCCAAAAGUAAAUGUCAUGCUCGUAGGAGAUGACGUUAUCAAAUUGGAAAUUCCCAAACCAAAAAAUUGGAAACCAAUUCCUGGUGGGCAUGCUUUCGUUCAUUUUUUGAAGCCAACCUAUUUCUGGCAAUCUCAUCCAUUUACGUUCACUAAUUCCACCAAAGAUAACAAGGACAGGGUCACUAUGUACCUAAGAGUCAAAGGUGGAGUUACCCACAGUUUGUAUCAGUUACUAAAUACAACCCCUGGUAAAAUGGUUAAAAUGAGAGUUGGUAUUGAGGGGCCAUACGGAGAAUCAACACCUGCCAAAUAUGCAGACAAAGCAAUAUUUUUUGCUGGAGGAAAUGGUAUCCCGGGUAUUUAUUCUGAAGUUCUGGAUAUUGCUUUAAGAUCUUCCCCUCAAAGGAAAUCUAUUUUGAAGUUAUAUUGGAUUAUAAGAGAUUAUGAUUCCAUAUUAUGGUUUUUUGAUGAACUUCUAAAGUUGAAAGAUAUGAAUAUUGAAACUACAAUUUAUGUCACUCGUCCAAAUAUUAAAUCUUUCAGGGUAGACUUGUUUAAUCAAUCUCAAUCCUCCCAAUGUAGUUCAAUAAAAUCUGGGUAUGAGGAAACAAAAUCAAACACCGGUGAUAUUGAGCUUGCUAUUGCAGAAUUGAAAUUAAAAUUACUACACAUUAAAUUUGAAGAAGGAAGGCCAAAUGUCGAGCAACUAAUUGAAAAUGAAAUUAAACAAUCUCCAGGUUCCACUGCGUUUGUUGCAUGUGGUCACCCAAUUAUGGUAGACGAAGUUCGCUAUUACAGCUGCAAGAAUAUUGACAAUUCCUACAAUAAAAGAGUGGACUAUUAUGACCAACUACAAAUCUGGGCUUAAAUUAUGCCAUACCCUAAAUAGUAUAAAUCAAAUUCGCAUAUAUAUAUAUAUUAUAUUAACUUUGACUCAAUGGUUUUCCUU